AUGACGACAAAAAUAAUGAAACGUAAACAGAAACCCAACGGCACAGAGUGCCCGGUGAGUGGAAAAAAGCCGAAAACAAGCGAUGAAGCGAACGUUGCAAAACAGCAGCCCGACGCAACUAAGCGCCCACCGGUUUCAAGGGUGAUAAAGAAACGAAAAAUCAACGGCAAAGUGGAGACCCAAGAUGAUGCGAAAGCGGCCAUUAAAUAUGCGGAAAAUUUCCGCACAAAACUACAAACUGGCGUGAUGGCGAUGAGCGCAAUUCGACAUUUCCUACAGGAAGCGUACACGAAUCACGAUCUGGUCGAGAAGUACAUACGCGCAGGUGGUACAUUUAAGCCGAUAAUGGAUAUAUUAUCUGCCUGCGAGAAGGACAAACUGAAUGAUAUCGCCGACGUGCUUCACCUGGUUCAGCUGGUGAUGAUUCAGAGUCUGCAUUACGACGACACACACGCUAAUUACGCGGCUAAGAACGCACGAGCCAUAAUGUCCGACUACCAGACAGUGAUCUGUGGUUUGCUACAAGCCCAGGGUGAUCAUGCGAUGAUCUGCAAGGCGUCAGCACUGCGCAUCCUGCGGGCAAUCCUACUCGUGGACUGUGCCAGCUAUUGGCGAGACAUACUGAAACUAGUGGACGUUAGCAUGUCCAAGAUGGACAUGGCGAACUGUCGCGAAUCGGCUGUAGUGCAAGAGGGCAUGAUCGGGGAUUCGCUUCGCACGGUUUUCAUAGAGUUCAAUCUGGCCUUCCUGAUCGAUACGCCUCUGGAAAUGGUGCGUAUGUGGUUGGCCCGGCCUGCUAUGAUGCACUCGCUCGUGGUAAAUCUCGUGUUCGACCACUCGGAGAACGUGAUUCUCGUGAUGAAAACGCUGCAGCAGUACGUGCUCGGUAAUGCGGAUAUCGAUAAGUACAACUACCGCACCGCGUUUACACCGGAUAUCCUUAAGGGGCUCGUCAACGUGUACGAAUGGGUGGGACCGGAAAAGCAAGCAACCAGCGAGCGGGCGAAGCUGGCCGUCCUUAACGCAACGGAGGAGUUCGUGUAUCCACUGCUCACGUCCCGACGGUGUUUUCUGGUACCGAAAUCGAUCGAUCUCGAGCGAGCCAGCCCACGCUACCGGCAGUUAUUGCAGGGACUAAAGCACACCCAGUUAAGCGAACACCAGCGUAAACUAGCAAUCGGUAUGCUUAAGAUGUGCCCCGAGGUGUUACCGGCGGCAUUGGACAUGUACGGUGCGCUGUUGAAAUUCCCGGCCCCUGAAAAUCGAGAACUUGUGAAGCAGAUGCUGUUGCUGCACAAACCAGCCGAGAUGAUUGCGGCAUUGGAACCGGGUGUGUCGGCCAAGGCGCUCUCUUCGUUUGUCGUUAAGGGCACGCUUCCGCGCACAGUACUCAACCACAUCAGGGACGCACUGGAGACGCGAAAGGAAAGCAUUCCCUACUGCUUUGAGUUUCUCGUCCUGAUGGUGACACGCUGCGAAGAGUACAUACAGGAAAUUGAACGCUGCCGAACGUUGGACCAGUUCGGGUUGAAAAAGGUUAAAGUGGAUGCGAUCAACCACAUUCUGGCGGUGUUUCCACCCGUCGAUCGUAUCAUGGCGGCGAUGACGUCCCAUCGGAUGGACCGAGAUACGUUUCGUCCGGAAGUUGCACUUGAGCAAGCGAUGGACAUUCUCCUGGUGUGCAUUCGUUGCUUCCCGGCGUACAUCGAGUCGUCCUCGUUCAUCACCACGUACCGGGACAUACUGCAACCGACGUACCGUUCGGCAACAGUCGAGCAUUUUUUCCUGUCCUACGAGUUUAAAGCCAUCAAGGUGGUGAUCGCACUGGAACCGCAGAGUGUCUCAUUCGAAUCGCCUUUGUUUCCAUCCGUACUGAAGCUCCUCACCAAGGUGUACCUCAACGGACAGGCUUCGAUGAAGCGGGACGCGACCGACCAACUUCUGGCGCUGUUCCGCAAUACCGCUCUGUUCGAUAAUCGCGGCACGGAGAUCGAGUUCUGGUUCCAGGCGAUGAACGACAUCGAUCCGGAGACUGUAUCGGACCUAGUUCAGUACCUUGCGCAGCAAGUUGCCCUGGCGGCGCAAAGCGUAAGCCAUAAAACAUCCUCCAAAGGCACCACCCACAAUCACACACUCAUCGAUGAGGCGUUCGAGGUUGAAACAACCGAACGCCAGUACGAUCUCGAGGAACUGUUUGCACGGGUCGAACAGGACGCUGACGAGGCCACCGAUGGAUCUGCUACGGUAUACGACGCACAGGUGCAGCUCCCCGUGACGGACAACUUUUUUGUGUACAUGUUCGGGAGCAAUACCAUCAGACCGAAGCACUUCCAGCGUUACUUCGAUGGAGUGGCAUUGCGCUACCUUCACUAUCUGCCCCAUCCGGAGAUCGUAGCGAGGGCCCUAAAUGCGAGCGCAGGCGAUAUUGGGAAAAAGCUAUCCGCCUCGAUCAAGAUUGUGGAAUACACACGCGAAUGGCUGGCGGGCAACGAAUGCUCUCUCGGUGAGCCCGAACAGUGGAAACAGUUCUGCAAGCUGAGCGAUUCGUUCGUAGCGAAAGAUCGAUCGUUCAUCCUCGACGAGAAGACGAUGAAAUGUUGGAAAAACACCCGCAGCGUGCUGUUGAACCUUUUCCAUCAGACACUGUUCUUUCUGAGCCGAUUGGUGGUAUCCUGCAAACUAACACCGGCGCACCUGGAGCUGGCAACGCACUACACCCAUCUCUUUCUCGAGCACCUGCUCAAGAAGAACGUUCUCACGGAACGGGAAGUUGACGAGCUGUUGGCGGGUAUUUUCCUGCAACGGCCGGUGCUUUUCCAGCACUUCACGCUUGUCGCGCAGGAGGACGACCCGAUCCGUCGGCUCGUGACGGAGUUUGUGUGCGGGUUGAUGCAGAAAUUGCAUCAUCUGCCACGUUUCGAUCGCUACACGGCGCUCUACUCGAACAAAAUCGUCACCGAGCUCAUGCGCGUUUCACUGGAUGCCACCAAGGCGCAGCUAGAUGGCGUGCUGACGGAAAAACUACUAGGGAUCUUUAAGCUAAACGAACGCAACUGUGUGACGCUGCUGCGGCAUUACGCUCAGCUUCCCGUGGGCGCCUUCGUGAACGGAAAUCACCAUACGUGCCACUUCAGUCAGCUUUGUUUCGCGCUCAAUCAGCUGGGCGCGAAGAGUCGCCAGCGAAAGGAACACAUCCUGCCGGAGGACACGGUGCGUGGGCUAGUGCGGAUCUACAUGGAGUGUGGUCGGUUGGAAGGUGGUAGCGAAGCGGUUGAACUUGAGCAGCUUGAGAGUGCCCUACACGCUUAUUUAAGCACGUUCACGCACAGCAUCGCAUACGUGGAUCCGGCUCUGAUGCGUGGUUUCCUUGACAACAGCCGGCGAAUUGGGAAACCACUGGUGAAGCUUGCGUGUUUUCUCCUCGCGCGAAGUGUACAUUUUCAAGAGCCCUUCCUGGAGGUCGUGGGAGAUCAAGCCGCCAAGAAGGAGCUAGUGUUUCCGCUGCUUAAUGUGGCCUUCCGGCAAGGGAUCCUGACGGAGGCGAUGCUUGAAGACGACCAUGGCAAGCAGUUACUCAUGCAGCUGUACAAGGAGUUUAAGGGACCGAUUCUAAAAAUGCUCGAAAAACCCAACAAAGCGGCCGUCAUCUACCGGGAAAACGCACUGGCCAGCCAGAUGCUUGUGCGCCUUUGUAUGCCACGCAACGAGUGCGUGGAUUUCGCGCGGAAAAAGCUCCGCAUUGAAGCCGUCGAGUCGUUCCAGUUGAAGGCGCUGAUGGAAAUUUAUGGCGUGGCGAUGAAGACACUAGAAGACGGUGACGUCGCUUCCCAGCAGACUGUAUACUGCAACGGGUUCGCUGUAUUGCUGCAGUGCUUCGAAGUGAUGUUCAAAUCAAUCUCGUCAGCGCAAUACCUGCUCCAACAGGGUGCACAUUUGCAUCGGCUAAACGAACUAGUGCUCGCGAUGUACCGUUGGACAAAGCAACUCCCACGAAAGCAAGGAGACUCGAUGUCCUUCACGUCCGUCACGGGUAGCGCGUCGUGGAACACCUUCUGCAAGACUUGCCUGAAGUUCGGUAUCGAUACACCGCGCACCUCGGAACACGAACGUCGCUACGACGAAAGGUUGCACGUGUUGCCAAAGUUGAUGGCCGUCCUGGUGGGCAUGUUCUACACCGACAACACUCCCGAGCAAACCGACAUCGAGCGGUACUACGAUUGGGCACUGACGCAUUCCAACUUUAUGCGGGUGUUCCUGCUGCAGCAUCAGUACAAACCGAAAACCGCGCUCGUGCAGUUGAUGUACGUACUGGCAUGCAAGAAUCCGACCGUCGCGAACAACAAACACGUGCCGUUGCUACUUGGCGCGUACGGAGCCACACUGAGCGAUGCCAACCGGUAUCUGUUGGCACUGUUGCAGCAUUACGAACGCUCCGGGGUGCAAAUGCACGAAUUUCGCCCGUUUUUGUGGGGUGAAACGGCCAUUAAACACUUCUCCCUCGAAGCGGGUGUCAAUGGAGGCGAAGAACCAGGCGGCGAAGCUGGUGGAGCUCGUCCCGCGAGUGGGCGAACUUCUUUCCGUACCAACCUCGCGGAGGUGUUUUAUCUGCUGUCGGCGGAUAAAGUCACCAACACGAUCGAGCAGUAUCCGGUGUGGCGGAAGCUGGACGCAUGCGCUCAACUGCCGGCGAUAAACUUUGACGAGCUUUCGGAACAGGAACAGGACGGAUUGAAGGUUGCCUAUCAACCCACCAGCCAGGUGGAGCGGUUCGUUGAGCAUUCGCUUCACAAAAAGCAUCGCGCUUCGCACGAGUUGCUUGAAAUGCACGAUAUCCGAGCGGAGAUGGGCUCGAGGACGUACGAUCCUGCAUUUCUGGUACCGAUGCUGAACUAUCUCUACUCGAAUGAACACGCCAACAUGCUGAACCACGGCAUCCGGAUGGGAUUACUUGCGCUACCGUUCGUGUGUCUCUCGAGCACGGACGAACAGAUGCAACUGGCCGCAGGAAGCGUGAUCGUUCGCAUCCAAUCGCAACUGGAGCUAACGAAUCGGUUCAUCGAUUCGAAAUUUUGGUUGCAUCUGUUCGCCACCGUACAGCGUGGGUUUGAAGCGAUCCACGCGUCCAAUGUGAAACGCGCAAGCAAUAAGCAGUCCCGUCCACCGAGAGUACCCUUCCUGUCCAUGAUCUUCAUCGCCGAAACGAUCAAGGUGCUACCGAACGUGCUGAGCAAACUGCACGGGCCGAUGACGCGUCACGUGCUCAGGCAGAAAGUGUACAACUUCCGGAUGGUGCCAAACUUCCUGCCACUGUUCAACAGCAACAUCGUGGAGAACAACGUGCACCGUAUGUUCAUGAUUCGAACGCUCUGUCUUGGUGUAAAGUCGCACAAGGACUUUGCGGUGUUGCGCGCUUCGCCGAUCAUCAACGUCAUGAUGGGCUUCCAUGGAUCGCCGUUGUCGAACCGGGAGCUGGAUCAGGGCAUCCUUAAACUGAUAGCGGCGAUGGUCCAGAUCCCAAAGUCUUGCCAGUUCCUGGUGGAUUCGCUCGGGUUUCUCGGCUGGCUUGGGGGUCGAAUCGAUGCGACGGAAAGCUUUCACUUCGACACGAUCGAAUCGUUGGUAGGGCUGCUCAGUAGCAGCUGGUACUCGAUGCAGUUGUUGGCUGGUUGUAAAAUUGCUCAAUCCUCGACGCAAAAGUCUCAUGCGCGCGCGUCAGUAUUCUUCCAGCGAAGCGUGCUCAUACUAACCCUCAAAUUCCUACCACUGCUGUCGACACGCAGUUCGAGUAGCACGUUGAUACGAUUGCUCAAUCUGCUCGAUAAAACGACCUCUCCACGGCACGGAUAUCAGCAUUUAAUGUCGAUCGUGAGUACGGAAGUGCUGCAGCAGCUGAUGGACUACUUCGAGAAUCUGUUCAGCGAGCACAUGUGGUGCGUGAGAUACGUGCGACAAUGUGGAGCGAGCGGUUCUGACGAUGAUGCGACGGUGGGUAAGACGUUGCAGGAUUCGGGACUCGACCAAACGAGCAUCCUUAUCGUGCUCGCGUUGAGACGGUUCGUCAUCCGGUGGUGCGUUCUGCAAAAAGAAAGCCCCAAUGCGGCUGUGGAAGAUGAAGAGCAACAUGUGGAACAGGAGAAGGAUCAAUUGGAUGGUGACUCGAGUUCGGGUGACGAGGAGGACGAAGAUGUCGCGGAUGAGAUCGAUGACGAUGAGGCGACAUAA